AGUGAAAUUCUGCAGCACAUAGUCAUGAUGCGUUGCAGAAAAGAAAAGAGUUGCUGUAGGUCCUUCUGCCGUUCUAUAAGGCCUGGGGUGCUGUGUCACAGAGGUAGCAUAAGCUUGUUUCGUUUGUUCGGUGACGCAAUUCCUCUCUGCAUCAUCUAGGUUUUGCCAAAAAAAGCCCGCCCGUCACUUUUUCUUCCCGCCGUUUCCCCACUUUCUCCCGCCGGUCGUCUGCUUUAAGGAAGAUCCCGUUAGAAACAGGAUGAGCAGCAGGACAAGCGUGCCUGUAGCCUGUGCAGCUCAUCUCCGCCGCGAAUCACGUGAACUUGCUUGGUCUCCCUUACCCUCCUAACUGGUGCAUCAUCUUCCCCGUUCUGAUCGUUAGCUCUAUCAUGAAUAGAACAAUAGCAUGGCAGAUUCUUCUCAUGCUUGCUUUGUUAUCAGAAGCUGCCGCAGAUGCUACUGUCGGUGACUUUUUUGAAGAGUGCCCAAUUGCCCAUUGCAGAGAAGGGGAGCCUGAGAUCAGGUAUCCCUUCAGGAACGCGAACCAACAAUCCAUCUGCGGCGUCCCUGGGUUUGAGAUUAGAUGUACUGCAGACAACAAGACUGUUAUCAAUCUACCCUACGAAGGAGACUUUUAUGUGCAGUCAAUCGACUAUAUACGGAAUUUUCUGCAGAUUAGCGACCCACAAGGAUGCCUGAUCAACCGAACCAUCAUCCCCUUCAAUCUCUCCUCUUCUCCGUUUCGCCAAUACGACAGAAGUUCAAACUACUCGCUUUUCAACUGCAGUUCCGCUGAUGCCUCCUCAAUUCAGGGUUACAAUAACAACAGCGAUUCCUUCCUCGUUGAUUGCUUGAGCACAUUUGAAUCAGCUCACAUCUAUGCAGUCAAUUCUGUUGAGUCCCUCGCCGCCGAGCUUCCUUUUUGUAACAGGCUCGAAACGACGGCCACCCUCGACGAAGGCUAUUCCACUUACGAUUUCAAUUUUACAAGGGUCCUGACACUGGAAUGGGAGCUUCCCUUCGACUGCCGUUCCUGCAUUGGGGGUCAGCUGUGCGGCCGCAACCCCACAACCAACGCCACGGCCUGUCUCAAGCUUCCCCACCUUAACCAAGGUCGCCACGCACAGUUUUUCUCUCUCUCUCUCUCUCGACCCCUAUAUAUAUAUAUAUCUAUGCUAUCAAUUCACAUCUUUCUUUGUUUUCUUUUUAAUUUUGAAAUAGGGGGAUUCAGCAGCGCUGCCAUCGUAGGAAUUAUGGCGACCAUCGUCUUGUCAGCAAUACUUGCUGUGUCUUUCUAUUACUGGGAUCACAAAUAUGGAGGACACUGGGAAUUAGACCAGAAUGAGGUCGAAAAUUUUUUGAGCAACUACCAAUCUCUCAAUCCCAACAGAUACUCUUACUCAGACCUAAAGAAGAUGACCAACCAUUUUCGAGAAAAGUUAGGAGAGGGAGGGUUCGGAAGUGUUUACAGAGGAAGGCUGCCCAAUGGACUUCCAGUAGCCGUCAAGGCACUGGAGACCUCCAAAAGUAACGGAGAUGAAUUCAUCAAUGAAGUGGCCACCAUUGGGAGGGUUCACCAUGUUAAUGUGGUCAGACUUCUCGGCUUCUGCGCAGAAAGAUUUAAGCGAGCUCUUGUCUAUGAGUUCAUGCCCAAUGGCUCAUUGGAAAAAAUCAUUUUCUCCUCGGAAUCAAAGCCCUGCGAGUUGGGAUGGGGCAAAUUGCAUGAAAUUGCUGUGGGCAUAGCUCGAGGCAUCGAGUACUUGCACCAAGGCUGCGAUCAACGCAUCCUUCAUUUCGACAUCAAGCCCCACAAUAUUCUUUUGGACCACAAAUUCACGCCAAAGAUUUCUGAUUUUGGUUUGGCAAAGUUCUGCUCAAAGGAUCAAAGUAUUGUGUCUAUGGCGGCUGCUAGAGGCACGGCGGGUUACAUUGCACCGGAAGUAGUGUCUCGAAACUUUGGGAAUGUAUCCUACAAGUCGGAUGUUUACAGCUUUGGAAUGCUGCUGCUAGAGAUGGUGGGAAAGCGAAAGAAUGUCGAUGUGAAUGUGGAGCAUACGAGCCAAGUUUACUUCCCGGAAUGGAUUUAUAACCGUGUGAAUAUGCAACAUGAGCUUGGGGCUGGAGUCGUUGUGAUGGAGGAAGAAGAUGAAAUAGCAAGGAAGUUGGUUGUUGUUGCCCUUUGGUGUAUACAACUGAAGCCCGCGGAUCGCCCGAAUAUGAAAAAGGUUGUGCAGAUGUUGGAAGGCGCAACCGAAAUGUUGGAAACUCCUCCAAACCCAUUUGUCUCAAGCACCACAUAACAUAACCCCUCGUUGGAAAUGUCUUCUUUGAUUAUUAUUACGAGAGUCUCGAAGUUAAUUCACAAAUAAUUGUAUUCUACUCGUAAUUAGUACUCUACCCCAUAAUUGCAUGGAUACUAUAAUUGUCACGUA